AUGGCGCCGCCUUGCAGAGCGCAAAUGCCAAUGAGUCUGCCAGCAGCUCCUCAACCCAACUGGAUAGACACCGAUGAGUUGCUGCAUAAAAUUUUCACCAAAAAGCAGCAACACGAAUACGCACAUCGACAGCAACUGCAGUGGUCAGACGCAAAACACAAUAACAAAGCUUCCCCGGGGCCGGCGCCCUACUUUGAGAACUCCACACAAAGAAGUGUUGUUGUAGCUGUUGGACGUACUGCGAAAUUGCACUGUCGAGUACGAAAUUUGGGUGAUCGCGCGGUUACUUGGAUACGUCAACGUGACUUGCACAUCCUGACAAUCGGUGUGAUGACCUACACAAAUGACCAGCGCUUCGAGGCUUUACAUUGCGAUGACUCUGAUGAGUGGCUGUUGAAAAUUACAUCCGUGCAGCUGCGGGAUACCGGAGUUUAUGAGUGUCAAGUUUCGUCUGAGCCGAAAAUUAGUCAAGCCUUCAAGCUGCACGCUUUAGUGGCCAAAGCAAAAAUCCUAGCAAAUCCAGAAUUGGUCUUUCAAAGCGGCAGUGACAUUAAUCUUACCUGCAUCGACGAAGAGGCGCCUUCACCACCUUCUUACAUUUACUGGUACAAAGAUGGUGAACUAAUUAACUACUCGCAACGUGGUGGUAUUAACGUGCUGACAGAGCGCCUAACGAAAACCAGCAAAUUACUAAUCGCACGUGUCGUGCCCAGUGACUCCGGCAACUAUACGUGUCUACCCAGCAAUUCCAAUUCCGAUAGCGUCUACGUGCACGUAAUUAAGAGUGAACACCCUGCAGCUAUGCAACACGAGCGUGCUAUGGCCCUACAACGACCGCAUCUGUUCCUCUCUUUGCUCAUAGUAAUGAGUUUACAAGUCAGAUGA